UUCAUACCGACGAAUGGUCAUUCGUGUUGUGAGAGGUUAGAGAUUCCGAAUACAUAGCAAAAUGAAUCAGGCGAAUGUAAAUAAUUUAGUGUCAAAAUUGAGAUUUAAUAUUCAACCGAAGUACAGGACUUUGAGAAAUAAAGAUGGGCUGGAAGGGAGAAUUCGUAAGAUUCAGAAAACGUUGACUGCAUUGUUGAAAUAUGAGAGAAUUGAGCUGUAUUGGAACCGUGCGGAUGAGGUUCGAGGUUAUGUCGAUCGAUUGAUUUCUGAGGCUAUUCGGCAUGGCCCCGCACACAAGGAGACAAUGGAGCUAGCUGAUUUUUACAUCCUCGAGAAACAACUCGUGCACAAGCUUUUCAAAGUCCUUGCUCCACGGUAUCAAGAUUACACCACUUCGUACACAAAAUUACACAAAAUACAGAGGGAUUAUCCUGGGUUUAUGCACCGCAAGGCUGUUUUGGAGUUGAGAGAAAAUCCAUAUCCUGGCUUGGAACAGCCCAAUCCAUUCGAGAAGAAGCUCCUCCACAAUGUGCUAUUGGACGAAGCCAGAAAAGAAAUGAGGCUGCAGAAGUAUCAAGAAAUGGCAGAAAAUCUCACGAAAAAGGAUGCAUGAAAUGUUACCUUCUCGAGAAUUAUCUCCUAACGAUUGAAUUUCCUAGAUUUAUUUGUAAGAAAAUAAAGGUACGAAUGAUGAAU